CUGUAAUGAGUUGUACUGUAGGCUAACUUUAGGGCAUUGGUGUUUAUUUCUAAGCUGGCUUUACGAGGAAGCAGGAGUCAGGAGUUUCCGUUUGGCACACGAUGCAGUAUCUCAGUGAAUGAAGACUUGAGAGAAGGGAAGAGAAGCUCCUCGGAACUGACAGGGAUUCAGGCCUUGGAAUUUGGAACAUUGAGAACGUUGAGAAGAUGGAACAGCUAGCACCACUGAGACAUCCAAUGAAGAUAGCUAACAUUCCGUGGAGGAAUAACAACCUGAGUCAGCUAUACAAGGAGCCUCCUCUGUCGGAACAGGGAGAGACUGUCAUCGGAGUUUACCUGUUGCUGAUAGGUUGGCUGUCGUUGUUAGGCAACAGUCUGGUGGUAUUGGUGCUGUACAGACAGAGGGCCUCCCUGCUUCCUACAGACUUCCUCACGUUGAACCUGGCUAUCUCGGACGCUAGCAUCUCCAUGUUCGGGUACUCCAGAGGGAUUUUGGACAUCUUUAACCUCUUCAGAGAUGACGGAUUUUGGAUCACCUGGUUCUGGACCUGCCAGGUUGAUGGCUUCUUCACCUUGUUGUUUGGCCUGGCCAGCAUCAACACCCUGACUGUCAUCAGUGUCACCAGAUACAUCAAGGGAUGCCAGCCUAACAAAGCCUACUGCAUCAGUUUAAGCACCAUCUGCAUCUCUCUAAUGUUCAUCUGGGUUGGAGCUUUGUUCUGGUCUGUCGCUCCACUGCUGGGCUGGGGCAGCUACACAGACUGCGGGUACGGGACCUGUGAGGUGGACUGGUCCAAGGCUAACUACUCCACCAUCUACAAGUCCUACAUCAUGUCCAUCCUUAUCUCCUGCUUCUUCGUCCCGGUCAUGGUCAUGGUGUUCUCCUAUAUAGCCAUCAUCCAUACAGUGGUGAGCAGCAAUGCCAUGUCUGCUGAUGGAUACCUCUCAGCCAGACAGAGGAAGGUGGAACGAGACGUCACGAGGGUCUCCAUAGUGAUCUGCACAGCCUUCAUCAUGGCAUGGUCUCCCUAUGCUGUGGUCUCCAUGUGGUCUGCCUGUGGUUACCACGUCCCCAACAUGACUUUAAUCUUCACCCGUCUCUUUGCUAAAUCCGCCUCCUUCUACAACCCCCUCAUCUACUUCGGAAUGAGUUCUAAGUUCCGUAAGGAAGUCUUUGUGCUGUUGCCGUGUUACGGUGGCUCCGCCCACAAGGAAGUGGUCCGCCUCAAGAACUUCCAGGAGCUUGACGAGCUGAAGCUGAAAGACCAUCCCGAGGCCACGACCCUUCCUGUGAUUCCUGUGAUCUCACUUCCUCUGCAGUCAAGAGAGGGUAAAUAUAGUGAAGAAGAGCUGCUGCAGACAGAGGGUCCCGUGGCUCAGGAUUCAGACUCAGGGGUGAAUAGUCCAUCCCACACGCCACCUACUGUCAGUCAGGAGUCACUCUACUACAUUCCCAAUGUACCCCUUACCCCCCUACCCAGCAUGCACUCUGAGAUGCCAGAGUACGAGAGUGAAAGACUCUAAAAAUCUCUAAAUGUGUAUCCAAAAUGGCACCUUACACUAUUAGAAAGAAAGGUGCUAUCUAGAACCUAAAAGAUUUCUUCGGUUGUACCCCAUAAGACAAGCUAUUUCAUGUAGAACCCUUUUUCUACCUGAAACCAAAAAGGUUUCUACCUGGAAAAGAUAUGCGUUCUCCAAUGAGGACAGAACCCUUUCAGAAACCUUUUUUAUAACAGUGCAUGCAUUCAAAAUAGA